UGUGACUGAGAGGACAGGCAGAGGCAGAGGGAGACUCAGAGCCAGCUGGGCUUUUGCCAUAUCUUAUUUUUAUUUAGAGAAUUUCAAAGAAGGGGGGAAAGGCUAAAGCACAUAGCAGUAGUUUUUCGUGCGUAAACGGGAUAGGUUGUUCUCCAAAUUCUUAGGAGUUGUGCUUCACUUUCAGACUGAGCAGUUUAUUUGGAGGUAGUGUCCUGGGUUUCUUUGCCUCCGCAAGAGUCCCUGCGGUGCACGGAUUACAAUGCAAAGGAUUUUGGAGGUUUGGGUCACCUUGGUGACAGUUUGCGAGCUGACUGAGGGGGUCUUUGGAGGAUACGGGUUGAGCAUGUUUGCUGCACAGUCUUCUCCCCCGGACCCGUGCUACGAUGAGAACGGGAAUGCUCGGAGAUGCAUCCCCGACUUCGUCAACUCCGCUUUUGGCAAGGACGUGCGCGUAUCCAGCACCUGCGGCAACCCGGCCGCCAGGUACUGCGUGGUGACCGAGAAGGAAGAGGAGAGGACGAGGGACUGUCACACGUGCGACGCCGGAGACCCCAAGAAGUCCCAUCCACCUGCGUAUUUAACGGACCUCAACAACCCUCACAACCUCACCUGCUGGCAGUCUGAAAACUACGUGCAGUAUCCGCAGAACCUCACACUCACCCUGUCGCUCGGCAAAAAGUUUGAGGUCACCUAUGUGAGCCUACAGUUCUGCUCACCUAGACCUGAGUCGAUGGCGAUCUACAAGUCCAUGGACUACGGCAAGUCGUGGGUGCCUUUUCAGUAUUAUUCUACUCAGUGCAAGAAAAUGUACAACAGGCAGAAUAAAGCAGCGAUUACCAAGCAGAACGAGCAAGAAGCCAUCUGCACGGACUCCCACACGGACAUGCACCCUCUGGCAGGUGGACUCAUCGCUUUCAGCACCCUGGACGGCAGACCGUCGGCGCACGACUUCGACAACUCCCCGGUGCUGCAGGACUGGGUGACGGCCACCGACAUCAAAGUGAUCUUCAGCCGGCUGCACACUUUCGGAGAUGAGAACGAGGACGACUCGGAGCUGGCCCGAGACUCCUACUUUUACGCGGUGUCGGACCUGCAGGUCGGAGGACGGUGCAAGUGCAACGGGCACGCUUCGAAAUGCGUCAAGGACAGAGAGGGGAAUCUUGUGUGUGAGUGCAAACACAACACGGCGGGACCGGAGUGCGACAGGUGCAAACCUUUCCACUAUGACCGACCAUGGCAGCGCGCCACGGCCCGGGAAGCCAACGAGUGUGUCGCCUGCCACUGUAACCUGCACGCCCGCCGCUGCCGUUUCAACAUGGAGCUGUACAAGCUGUCAGGCCGGAGAAGUGGCGGCGUCUGUCUCAACUGUCGUCACAACACAGCAGGACGCCAUUGCCAUUACUGCAAGGAGGGUUACUAUAGGGACAUGACCAAGUCCAUCUCUCACCGGAGGGCUUGCAAAGCAUGUGAUUGCCAUCCAGUUGGAGCAGCAGGGAAGACGUGUAACCAGACAACAGGCCAAUGCCCCUGCAAGGACGGAGUAACAGGAAUCACCUGUAACCGCUGUGCCAAGGGCUACCAGCAGAGCCGCUCUCCCAUCGCCCCCUGCAUCAAGAUCCCAGUUGCAUCUCCGACGGCAACUUACACCAGCUACGAGGAGCCGUCAGAUUGUGAAUCACACUGCAAAGCUUCCAAGGGAAAGAUGAAGAUCACCAUGAAGAAGUACUGUAAAAAAGACUACGCUGUUCAAGUGCACGUUCUAAAAGGAGACAAGGCAGGCGAGUGGUGGAAGUUCACCGUGAACAUCAUUUCUGUCUACAAACAAGGUGAGCACCGCAUCCGCCGCGGGGACCAGCUGCUGUGGGUGCGUGCCAAGGACGUGGCCUGCAAGUGCCCUAAGAUCAAGCCUGGGAGGAAGUACUUGCUCCUGGGUACAGACGACGAUUCCCCGGGGCAGAGCGGCGUGGUGGCGGACAAGGGAAGCCUGCUCAUCCCUUGGAAGGACCUGUGGGGCCGCCGGCUGAGGAAGUUCCAACAGCGUGACAAGAGGGGAAAGUGCUAAAAGUUGCUGGAGAGGAGAGAGAAAGAGAGAGGGAGAGGUGGUGGCAAAACACGUCUCCACUGGGAUGAAUGCAAGGAAGAGAAGAGGGUGAAUGAAAAAAAUAAACUGGAAGAAUAAAAGAUAGAAAGACAGGUGAAAAGUAGGAGAGAUGGGGGAAGGACUGAGUGCUGCUGCUCUGAGUUAGAGCGAAGAGAUUAGUGUUUUUUAGGAACUUUUGUGAAGGAGCUCAUUCUACAGUUGUUCUGUUUCUGUUUGUCUUUCAAGGUUUGUUUUGUUGUGUAAUUGCAGAGUUUGCACCUAAUGUUACAGAUAUGUCACACCCUGACUUUCUUUUACCCAUGAUGCCAUUGUUUUUUAAAGUCCCUUAUUCAGUUGUUUUGAAGAGCAAUGCAUCUACUGUAUGACCCUUUAGUUUUUUUAAGAGGAUAUAUUUCCACUGUGCUGUGUCAAGCGUUAUCUAGUUCAGCAAAGACAUAUUUGAUGGCAUCGAGGGACUCCACUCAUGUAUGAUAAGUUGCUCUUGUAACCUGCCAAACUUUGGAUAAACCUUUUCAACAGCUGAAAGUGAAAAAUUGUGAAAUUAUUCUGUGGAAAACACUAGGUGCCAUCUUUCACGAGAGCUCCCUGCUCAUGUGCGAGUGUUACCUCAGUGAAACAACUGGUGUUGUGGGAACAGAAAUGCCAUAAUGAUCCUCUGCUCAUUCUGUAUAAUGAUCGUGUUUCACAUCACAAGCAAGUCUCUGCUCGGCGCUUAUCGGUAUAUCAAUAGUAUGUUGUGGUUGUGACCUCUGCAAUGUAAAGUAACCAUACAUGCAUACAUAAUUAUUUUUAGUAGAUGAUGCCGUAGCAUCAGCUAGAUGUAGAGUAGAUGUGUCAACCAUGCACUUAUUUUUACUAGUCAAACGUUUAAGAACAUAUAAGAUAUGUUCACAUUUUUAGAGUGACAUCCAAAAAGAAAAAGAGUCCCAUACUGUACCAGAUGAUGCAAAAAAGCUGUAUAGUUCAACAUUGCUUGCCUCACUGAUGACUGGUCAGUAUGGACUGAUGUUUCUGCUUGACAGUAACAAAGCCUGUUCAAAUGUGUCACAACUACCUAAAUGUUCUCCCUCACGACUCGUUAAAUACGGCAGCUUGCUCAGGGCCCCAGUCGUCACUUCAACACGUGGAUAACGUUACGUAGGUGACGUUAGUUAAGUACAUUAUCACUCAGUUAGGUUUAGGCAAAAACACUACUUGCUUAGGUUUUGGAAAAGAUCAUGGUUUGAGUUAAAAUAAGUAUGUUUGUUACGCAACUUCAGUGAUGUGCGUAAGUUAAGUACGUCAUGUACGUUAACUUACGUACGUUAAAAUAACUGACUUUUGGUUUCAAACAGGACUUGAACAACGGUCUCCUGUGUAUGUUUGUUUAUGUACCUAAGUUAAGUUUGUGACAUAAGUUAUGUACGUAGGAUAACUUACGUUCUUACGUUCAAAUAAGUCAACUUUGGCCGUGAUCGAUUGAUGUGAACAGCGGUCUCCCGGAUGAAAGUCCUGUGUUUGUUUGACUAAUCCAUCCACCCCAACCUUCUCCCUGCGCGGACUUUGUCGCUCUUUAUACUACGUCACCUGACUUCCUCCUUUACUCCUGUCAUAAUUAAUACGGCCACUAGAGGAAGCCCUGCAUGCGCAAAACUGACACUGACCAAGCUGCCGUAUUUGAGGGGUUGGGAGUGAGAACGCCCUGCAACUCAAGUACGAAUUGACUGUUUAUUCUCGUAUAAAGGACAAAAUGUAAGUUGGAUGUCCCAAAUAUUUGCAAGUGAGAGAACUGAUGAAUAACUUCAUUAAAGAAAAGAGAAUAUCGACCUAUCAAGCAAUCCUUAUACCACUGACAUAAUGCAUGCUCACUUAUUACUGUAGCUGCCUGAUAGCUAACAAUGAUUGUGAAUUAUGUACACAUUUAAUUUGUAUACAGUAUUCAAUGUUGUGGGAAAAUAACCUGUGGAGUGAUAAAAUAUCACAGAUGUUUAUUGUAAAGUGCGUUCAGCACUGUGUGUCAAAUGUUCGUCACCUCAAAGAGACUUUUUGAGGCCUGGAUUUCAUUAUCAAGACGUGGUACUCGACAAAAAGGCAUGACCGAUUGUCUCCGUGUUAUAUAGCUGUAUAGUAUUACUUUUUCCAAUUAUUUUUCUUAAACAUUAACUAGAUCUAUCUCCAUGUGAACUUAACCAGAGUUUUUAAAUUGAUAAAUGACAGACAAAUAAAUGAAUGUCAGAGCCACGUCUCAUGUUUACGUGAGCACCCAGAGGAUCACACUACGAGUCUCACUGUGACUCAGUUUAGACAUAUUCAAAAUCAUAGAAUACAAAAACACAUACGCAAGACCACACACACAUGAACACACAUACACAUAAAUACAAGGGUACACCUCAGUACUCUGUGCAUCAUACUGUAUGUAUUUGAAAACUACAACGCACUUAAAGAGUCUCUGCCAACACAUCUGUACCGACACACUUGUUUUGCAGGCGUUUGCAGAAAGGUACUCCUACCAGACUUCUGCUCUCCAUGAAUAUUAUAUCUGAAUAAUUAUCUGCUCAUGUUUAUACAUUGGCUUGUAAAUGUUGUUUAGCAGUGUCCAUUGCAAAUGGUUGUGUAAUGUCUUGUAAUACUAAUAUAUUAUGUUUAUCACAAAUGAAUAUAUUUAAUGACACAUGAAACAAUGUGGCUUUUGUGGUUUUUAUUUUUUACUUUUUUUGCAUUGAAUUGUAGAUGGCUGUAAUGAAAAGUAUUGAUAAGUGUUUGGCUAUUGAACAGCCUGAUAGAACUGAAAAUUAAUUCAUCUGAAAUAAAGCUGUGUAAAAAAAACGGA